ACGAAUCUUGACUUAUCGUCGUUUUUCCUUUAAAUCAAUUUAAAUAUUCCUAUUUGAAUUGAACGUACAGAAUAUUAUAGAAAUGUCAACAAUAGAAGAUUUUUUAAUUGUUCCCUGGGUAGGGCCUAGCUCUUGUAAAAACAAUUUGACCGUAGCAGUUCUUUCUUCUAACAGUGAUAUUAUAGAAAGUGUUUCUGAAGCUAUAAUAGACGUGCACACCAAAGGAGAAUAUAGAUGGAAACUCGUUGUACUGCGUUCUUUUAGUUUGGAAGACAUCGUAAGACAGUCAGAUUUGACUGGUAAAUUAGCUAUAGACUUCGUAGUGCUGGCGAUGGACACGAGUCGAAUCUUCUGCGUUGAAUGGGCGAGAAAAAUGUUAGAACAAGUGCAUCCAGAUCUUAGAAUACGACGAGUAGUGCUGUUAAAUACCAGUGGUUUACCAAUAAACACAAUGGCUGUGAAUGCAAGUGAAAUAAUAUCAUUUACUUCAGAAAACAAACUUGAUUUAAUAAGUGGAAAUAUAUCAAAACCAGAAGAUGCUAAAUUUUUGGCCACUAGGAUAUUAAAGUAUAUAGAAGUCUCUAUUGGUAUUAAGACUGGCAUACCAAAUCUUAAUAUUUAAUGUUGUUAUUGGUAGGUUUAAAUAAGUUUGAAGCAGUAUGUCAAAAAAAUCAUUUACACAUUUCCAAAUCAUUUAUUAUACUUCAAUUGUACUACAAAAUAAUAGGAAGUUUUCUACAGUUACAAUUAUAUUUUACAUAAAUAAUAAACCAUUAUAGCAAUUUUCUUACUUGUGUAUCAAUCUCAUUCAACCUCAAGCUUCUCUUUCCAACCAGAAAUUAAAAAUAUUACUAUAAUAUUAGAUAAAAAA